AUGAGUACCAAAUCGCGAACUGGACCGCGCCCUAACGCGGAUGGUUGGAAGUACGACCGAAAGCUGCCUUUGCUACACAGAAUUUUCACACUGUUCAACAUUCUCCCUCCUAACCAGGAAGAGGCUUUCAAAGCGGAUCCCAAGUCGAGAAUGCCCGCUUUCAGCGAAUGGAACCAACUUGCCUUUCCUUUGCCACUGGCUUUUGUGCCGUUUCUUGCACGAUACUACUACUAUCACAAUGUUUCCCAUGAAAUGCCGAGUUCAAUGGUAACGUGGCUGUUUCUUUUUGCGUACAUUGUUUUUGUGGGCCUGCUGUCCAUUCAGCAAUAUAACGGCUUUGUCCGUAAAUACGGAUACUUGGACGCGAACUCUGGACGUGACACUGUGCCUUAUGAACUCAUGCCGAAGGUUGCGUUCGAGAUUUUCGCCGCCUCUUCGUUACGCACUCUCGUAAUUGUUUUGGGCUGUUACGACCCCAAGGAACCGCCGAGCUUGAGCUUUUGGCUUCCGCUCCAGCUCUUUAUGCUGACCUUGACGGAGGACUUUACUUACUACUGGCUUCACCGUCUUUGCCACGAGGCAGAGAGCUGCUGGCAUAUUCAUCGCUUGCAUCACACGACAAAGCACCCCACUACGAUGCUUCUGGGCUAUGCAGACGACUUCCAAGAGUUUAUUGACUUGGUUGGCUCGCCCAUGAUUAGCUGGACCAUGUGCCCGCUUGGGUUUGAUGCUACAGUUGUUUGGCUGUUUAUGCUGAACUAUGUUCAAUUGGGCGGUCAUUGUGGAGCGCGAUUGCACUUAGGCUCCAUUCUGACAGGGCCCUACUUGCGCCCGUUUGGACUGGAACUUGUGGUGGAAGACCAUGACCUCCAUCACCGCCACGGCUGGAAAGAUGCCUACAACUAUGGCAAGCAGACGCGGUUCUGGGACUCGUUGUACGGAACUGCUGGCGACCGCGUGGAAGGCUUCGACCAGAAUUUGGACUGGAGCAUGAGCCUGCGACCGUGA